AUGACGCUUCAUCUAAUUCCAAACAAGAAGACUCUAUUCCUCCCCAUCUCAUCCUCCGCUCAAACUCCGAUCUCGCUCGUUGCCGGUGACGAUUCUAGUUUCGAUCGUGAAUACAAACCACAUGAUAAAUCUCGUCUCAUCUUCAUCGAUGCUGAGAGACUUCGCCGUCUACUCAUACAAGAAAUGGAAACGCGAAACGAUGAGAUGCAAAUCUUACCAACCGGAGAACAUCCGGUGCUCCUUCAACUUGAGAAAGACGAGAAAACCAAUGAUAAAGUUACAGAUGAAGAUUCAAAGAAGCUUAAAGACCGAAGCCGAGAGCAGAGAAAACAAGAGGUGAUGAUGAUGAUGGAUACUGAGCUUUGA